CGCAUAUUUUAUUGUACUUUUUAUAUACGUUUUUUCCUACCGUUGUUUCAGCAUAUCUCCCAAGUGCCACAGAAGAUUCCGAAAAGACCCGAACUUGGUUGGCUUCGGAGUGUUUCGGACGUUUCGGUCGCGGUCCGAUCGGGGUCGGGGGGCGGGCGGGACAGCGGGCUUGGUCGUGGCUGUAGGUUGUCGGUUGUCAGACGACGAAACGUCAAACACUGCCGCUGCCGUGCUCCCUUUUGAAGACGAGGUUAUAGGUGUUGACCGAUAUGAACAAGAGCUGACUUACAAAUCAAAAGUACUCACAAUGAAUUGUACUCCUGCCCUUUUCCUUUUAGCCUGUUUGCUGGGCCUAACGGUAGCUUCCAGAGUAAUUGAGUUGAGCGAUAGGUUCCUUGAUAUACGACGGGAUGGGCAGUGGCUCAUCAUGUUUUAUGCCCCAUGGUGUGCACAUUGUAAAAGACUUGAACCCAUCUGGGCUCAUGUUGCCCAAGCUUUGACCAAUACUAAUGUGAGAGUUGGAAAAGUUGAUUGUACAAGAUUUACCUCAUUAGCUACUGAAUUUAAAGUGAAUGGAUUCCCCACCAUAAUGUUUUUGAAAGGGGAUGCAGAAUUCACAUACAAUGGUGAUCGCACUAAAGAUGAAAUAAUGAAAUUUGCACUUCGUGUGUCAGGACCCCCUGUGCAAUCCAUUCAACGACCAGAGAGCCUGGAUAAUCUUAAAGGUUCCCAAGAACAUUUCUUUGUUUAUGUCGGUGUUCAAACUGGUCCACUCUGGGAGGCCUAUUUUGAUGUGGCAGAAAAAUUUCAACCUCAUGCUUUCUUCUAUGCAACUUCUCCAAAUAUAGCUAAAAUGCAUGUCAAAUUAGAACAAAUCCCUGCUAUUUUUGUCUACAAGGAUAGUAAUCAUUUCUUUUAUCAAGAGGUUCAACUGUCUGAUGGACUAAAUACAAGUAUAGCUGACUGGAUCAAUCAGGAACGGUUUCCUCAGUUUCCCAAAGUUACAAGAGGUAACCUGAACCAAUUAAUGAAAACCGGAAAGUAUUUGGUUCUAGCUGUGGUUGAAGAAAACAAACUAGAAGAAGUCCCUGCCCACAUGCUUGAGUUUAGAGAUAUGGUUGAAUCAGUUAUUGUUAAGUACAGAGCCAAGUACCACAGGUAUUUCCAGUUUGGUUGGGUUGCACAACCAGAUUUGGCCAAUUCUAUUGCAAUGCAAAAGCUUCCGCUGCCCUCUCUGAUGGUCGUCAACUCCUCAACUAACCAUCAUCAUUUUCCUGAUGAUGAUCCUGCUCAGCUUACUUCAGAAGCAAUAGUUAUUUUCCUUGAGCAAACCCUUAGUCAAUCAUUGCCGAUCUAUGGAGGCAAUUCUUGGCCAGUCCGCGUGUAUCGAGCAUACUUUGAAAUGAUAACUGCUGCGUCAGAUAUGUGGAGAGGAAAUCCUGUUCUCACGACUGUCUUAUUUGGCCUUCCGUUCGGUUUCUUGUGUCUCAUUUGCUACUCUAUCUGUUGUGCUGACAUAUUGGAUGCAGAUGAAGAGGAGGAAGAGGAGGAAGAACUUCUCCAUGAAAAGAAAGAAUAGUUGUCCCAUAAAAUGUGAUUUCCUUCAUAGGCUGUGUGACCAAUGAUCUCUUUCACAAGAAUGAGAUUAAUUUUUGCAUUAAUAGUGGGUAAUUUUCUAGUCAUCAAGCAUCAAGGUGUGCUGGAAUCAAAUCUUAUAAACAAUGACUAUAGUUAGCUUCCAUUUGUAAUUUAGUUCUGUACCUUGUAUGGGUUUGCUCAUUCAAAGUUGAUUAAUUCCUCAAGUGAUGUUUCAGUUUGUCAGCAAACUAUUUUUGUUGAACUUUGAUCAGGGAAAAGGGAUUUUUUUGUGUUUUUUGGUUCCGUGUCCUUCAUAAUUCUCAGAAUUACAGAUUAAAUUAUAACAUUUCCUAGUAAUGAUUGUCAAGAUUGUGCUAAGAGAAUUUGCUUGUAAUGACUGAUUGAAGAAAGUCCUGCAUCUUUCUCUGCCUGUUAUUUACUAUGACUUGAAAACACUUCAGUGCUAUGAUAAGUAAUCCACAAAUAGUGGCUCUUCCUGCUUCUUGUUUGUUCAGUGUUUCUUGAACCUGUGGUUUUAUUUGUUAAAUGAGGUUAACCCAGUAUUUAUUUUAUAUUGACUACCACCACUACUACUACUACUACUACUACUAAAAUACUUAGUUAUCUAGUCAGGAGUUCAACACUCAGUUGUGGUGUGUGACUCCCACUUGCUUUGUGGUCAUGAUUCUAUUGUUUUAAUUAUUAAUUAUUAUUAUCAUGGGUAUUUUGUAACUAAGUUUUGCUCAUGGGUUUUCAUUUUACUACCUUAUUUAUUUAUACUUCAUAUACAAUAUAUUGUAGCAUUGUCAAUGGAUGAUUAUGAUUAUUAGAGAAUAAAAGGAUCAAGAAGGUCUUUUA